AUGGACCCGAGCUGGGAGCUGAACAGCCUCCUUGAAGAGCUAAAUGGCUCUGUCAUGGAGAUCCCAGGAGUCGAUGGGAAUUACUUGUUCCACCAGGCUGAGUUAUGCGUCCCUUUUCCGGAUCACUUGUCUGGUUCGCUUUCCGCAAUAUGCCAAACACCCAUCGCGCAGCCGCAGGCCGUGGCAUGUAGGGCAGGGCAGAGUCAGGGAGACAGGGACAGGAAAGACAUCGAGGCGCCUGAUUCCAGCAACGAACACUCUCCGGUGACUCCUCCUGAGACUCGCGUGACAGAGGUCAAGAUGAAGAGGAACAAGAAUAUCUCGGGAAACGAGAAGAGAGCGAGAGGCGAUUCGAAGAAAGCGGAGAAGCCAAAAGAGGUGAUUCAUGUGAGGGCAAGAAGAGGGCAGGCCACUGACAGCCACAGCCUGGCCGAGCGGGUCAGAAGAAAGAGGAUCAACGAAAGAAUGCAUUGCUUACAAGGCCUCGUUCCUUGCUGUCAUAAGGCCAUGGGCACGGCGAGGAUGCUCGACGAGAUAAUCAACUAUGUACAAUCACUGCAGAACCAAGUUGAGUUUCUUUCGAUGAAACUUUCGGCUGCAAGCUCCUUCUAUGGCUACUGCUUCGACAUGGAGACUAUUGCAACACCACAGGUGAUGUCUGCUUGCAUGAAGCUCUGA